AUGAUAACACCAAGAUUCUCUAUAACACAGGAUGAGGAAUUUAUAUUUCUCAAAAUAUUCAUAAGUAAUAUUAGGUUCAGUGCAGUGGGUUUAGAGAUAAUCAUCCAAGAAAAUAUGAUCAUUUUUCACUUAUCCCCUUACUAUUUAAGAUUAAGAUUUCCUCACGAAUUAAUCGAUGAUGAGAGGUCUACCGCUCAAUACGAUUCCAAAGAUGAAUGCAUCAAUGUAAAAGUAGCCAAACUGAAUAAAAAUGAAUAUUUCGAAGAUUUGGACCUACCGACAAAGUUGUUGGCUAGGCAAGGCGAUCUUGCAGGUGCCGAUGCAUUAACAGAAAAUACUGAUGCGAAAAAAACCCAAAAGCCCCUUAUUCAAGAGGUCGAAACUGAUGGCGUGUCGAAUAAUAUUAAAGAUGAUGUGAAGACUAUUGGUCAAAUGGGAGAGGGGUUUAAUUGGGAGAUAGAGCAAAAGAUGGAUUCCAGCACCAAUAAUGGAAUAUUGAAGACAAAAUAUGGGUUUGAUAACUUAUAUGAUACAGUUAUAUCAGUGUCGACAAGCAACGGGAACGAUAUCAAUGAAUUAGACGAUCCUGAACACACUGACGCGAACGAUAGAGUUAUUGAAAGGUUAAGAAAAGAAAAUUUGAAGUUUGAUCCUGAGUACUAUGUUUCCGAGUAUAUGACACAUAAAUACGGUAACGAGGAAGACUUGGAAAUUAACGGCAUUAAAGAACUACUGAAGUUUACACCUUCGAUCGUAAAGCAAUACCUGCAAUGGUACAAAGACAGUACGAACCCAAAUCUGGUCAUGCCAAUUGAGUUUACUGACGAGGAACAAAAACAGAUGCAGGACAAUUUACCCAAGAAGUCUUAUCUCGUGGAAGAUAUAAAACCACUUUAUGUCACUAUACUCAGCGUUCUUUUCAGUUAUGUGUUUGAACAGAUCGAAAACGAAGGUACUCAUACCACAGAGAGUGCUUGGACCAUGGGAAAAUUGUGCCCUCAAAUAUCAUUCUUAGACCAACAAUUAAAACAGGUGAACGAACUGCAAGACGGUAUGAAAGAAAUAUCAAAGGUUAAUAAAGACAGCUCUCUCAUCAAGAUUGCAAUCAUUACAGGUAUCAGGAGAGCCCUGAGUUAUCCACUACAUAGAAACUAUGACCUAGCAAUGAAAGCGUGGACAUUCGUAUAUUAUAUUCUACGAGGUGGUAAGAGACUAGUCAUAAGGGCGCUUUUGGACAUUCAUGAAACAUUUCGUUUCCAUGAUGUUUACUACGUCUACGACAAAGUUCUCUUGGAUGAUCUGACUGCGUGGUUCAUUUCUCAGGGUAGUGAGAACGUCAUAAGAAGUCUGGCCUUGGAAAUGAGAAAAGAGCAAGAGUCACUUUCCAAGCAGGAUAUUGAAUUUGAAUGUAUUGCAUCGUUCAACGAACAAACUGGCGAACCUGAGUGGGAGACACUAAAUAUAAGAGAGAUGGAAAUUUUGGCAGAGUCUGAAUACCGAGAGCAGCAGCAGAACCCACAAUGA